UGAAUGGAGGAGGAGAGACUCUUCCUGGUGAAUAAACAGUGACAGCUAUAGGGCAGAUAGUAAUACCAAUUUAGCACGGGCACACACCUUAUACUUCACAUUAAAACAACACAAAAAAUGGCUUCUGACAGUAAAGUCAUCGCGCAAUUGAAAUCUGAGCUGUACUUCUUAAUAGCCCGAUUUCUGGAAGCAGGACCCUGUCAAAACGUAGCUAAGGUCCUGAUAAAAGAAGUGGAGGAGAAGGAGUUGCUUCCGAAAAGAAUAGACUGGACGGGGAAAGAGCAUCCCGGGACCUAUGAAAAUUUGGUAAAGAUUUACAGACAUAUAGCUCCAGAUCAUUUGCUGCAAAUAUGCCAAUGUAUUGGACCCCUAUUGGAGAAGGAGAUUCCACCAAGUGUACCUGGGGUGCACUCUUUACUGGGAGCGGGCCGCCAGUCUCUGCUUCGCACCAACAAAAGCUGCAAACAUGUUGUUUGGAAGGGAUCUGCUCUUGCAGCUCUGCACUGUGGAAGACCCCCAGAGCCACCAUUAAACUACGGAUACCCGGCAAAUAUAGUGGAGACCGCCUAUGGAAGACGACUAAAUGGGAGUUACAGGCUUGGACAACUUGUCCCCACUGCUGUCUAUCAGCAUAUGAAGAUGCACAAACGGAUUUUAGGGCACCUGUCUUCAGUUUACUGCGUUACAUUCGAUCGAACAGGCAGAAGGAUAUUUACAGGCUCAGAUGAUUGUUUAGUUAAGAUCUGGGCGACUGAUAAUGGCCGGCUGUUAGCCACACUGAGAGGACAUGCGGCUGAGAUCUCUGACAUGGCUGUGAAUUAUGAGAACACAAUGAUUGCUGUAGGCAGCUGUGAUAAAAUGAUAAGAGUCUGGUGUCUUCAAACCUGUGCCCCCCUCGCUGUUCUAGAAGGCCAUGAGGCAUCCAUCACAUCACUACAGUUUUCUCCACUGUGCAGCGGCUCCAAGAGGUAUCUCUCUUCCACCGGGGCAGACGGCUCCAUUUGUUUCUGGCAGUGGGAUGCCAGGACAUUGAAAUUUAGUCAGCGACCAAGUAAAUUUACAGAAAGGCCAAGACCCGGAGUCCAAAUGAUUUGUUCUUCCUUCAGUGCUGGUGGAAUGUUCUUGGCUACAGGAAGCACAGAUCAAAUAAUUAGAGUGUAUUUCUUUGGAUCGGGGCAGCCUGAGAAAAUAUCUGACUUGGAGUCUCAUACUGAUAAAGUUGACAGCAUACAGUUCUCUAACACUGGUGAGAGGUUUGUCAGUGGAAGCCGAGAUGGAACUGCACGCAUCUGGCAGCUCCACCAACAGGAGUGGAGAAGCAUUUUGUUAGACAUGACCACCAAGUUGUCUGGCAACAAUCCUCCAGGGUUGGAAGACAAAGUAACUAAAGUGAAAGUUACGAUGGUGGCUUGGGAUCGACAUGACAACACUGUAAUCACAGCAGUGAAUAACCUUACACUGAAGGUUUGGAACUCCUAUACUGGGCAGCUGAUACAUGUCCUAAUGGGACAUGAAGAUGAGGUGUUUGUACUUGAACCUCACCCAUUUGAUCCCAGGGUGCUCUUUUCUGCCGGGCACGACGGGAAUGCCAUAGUGUGGGAUCUGGCAAGAGGUGUCAAAAUUCGAUCCUACUUCAAUAUGAUUGAAGGCCAGGGCCAUGGCGCUGUGUUUGACUGUAAAUGCUCACCGGAUGGACAACAAUUUGCAUGUACAGACUCCCAUGGGCACCUCCUCAUCUUCGGCUUUGGCUCCAGCAGCAGAUACGACAAGAUUGCAGACCAAAUGUUCUUCCAUACUGACUACCGGCCACUAAUCCGUGAUGCCAACAACUAUGUGUUGGAUGAGCAAACCCAGCAAGCGCCACAUUUAAUGCCUCCUCCAUUUUUGGUGGAUGUGGAUGGCAACCCUCACCCUUCUAGAUACCAGAGGCUGGUUCCAGGACGUGAGAACUGUAGGGAUGAGCAGCUCAUUCCCCAGAUGGGUGUUACUUCCUCAGGGCUAAAUCAAGUUCUUAGUCAGCAGGCAAAUGACGGAUCAAGUCCCCUGGACACCAUGAUUCAGCGCUUACAGCAAGAACAAGAUCAUAGACUGUCUGUGGACACAUGGAGCAGUGGUUUGAAUAGAGGAAGCAGAGGUUCUGUGAGCUCUUCCUCAGAGGUGCACUCACCACCCAACGUGGGGCUAAGACGCAGUGGUCAGAUUGAAGGGGUACGACAGAUGCACAGCAAUGCACCGAGGAGUGAAAUUGCCACUGAGAGAGACCUUGUAGCCUGGAGUCGAAGAGUGCUGGUACCAGAGCUACCUCCAGGCAUAUCCAGUAAACAGGAAAAAUGGAGAACUGCCAAGGGAGAAGAGGAGAUUAGUAUUUACAAAUUAGAGAAGAAAAAGAGAGCGAUGCCAAGUCAUAAUCAGAGGGAAGCUAAGAACCACGGACCUGAAUCUCUGAGUGACGGCGUGGAGCCAAGGAGACUGCAGGUAAACCAGCACAGCUACCAUACGAGAGCAGCGGUGGAGGAGACUGGCAGGUUGGGGGACGCAGCUGAGGAGGAGAACAGCUCCUCAGAGGAGGGUGAAGUUCGUCCUGCAAGUGGUGAAACAUCAGAAGAGGAGGGGAAGGCCUGGCCAAGUGACAGCAGCAGCUCCAGUGACUACACAAGUGAUUAUUCUGACUGGACAGCAGACGCUGGCAUCAACCUGCAACCACCAAAGAAAACUGUUCGACACAAAAAAAAGAAAAAUGCAAGCAGUUCAGAGGAGGAUGGGGAGAAGAAAAAAGAAAAAUAUAAUAAAAAGGAGAGGAAGAAAGAAAAACAAGACAAAGAUGGUGCAUUACCAAAGAAAAAGAAGCCAAAGGAAAGAAUGAAGAGACUUCCAGUGGAAGAGUUCCAAGAGCAAGGUCUGACGCUAGAGGAAUGGCUGCCUUCACCGUGGAUCACAGACACUCUCCCUCGGAGAUGCCCUUUCAUACCACAGAUGGGAGAUGAGGUGUACUAUUUCCGACAGGGUCAUGAAGCAUAUGUGGAAAUGGCUAAGGUGAACAAGAUUGUUGGUAUAAACCCUAAAAAGCAGCCCUGGCACAAGAUGGAGUUAAGGGAGCAAGAGCUGAUGAAGAUUGUUGGAAUCAAAUAUGAAGUGGGACUGCCCACACUGUGCUGUCUCAAGCUGGCUUUCCUUGACCCUGAUACUGGUAAACUGACAGGAGGAUCCUUCUCCAUGAAGUACCAUGAUAUGCCAGAUGUAAUUGAUUUCCUAGUUCUUAGGCAACAGUUUGAAAAUGCAAGGACAAGGCAGUGGAGAAUAGGUGAUCGCUUUCGUUCUGUGAUUGAUGACGCCUGGUGGUUUGGAACCAUUGAAAGCCGGGAGCCAUUUCAAGCUCAGUAUCCUGAUAGCUCAUUCCAGUGUUACAAUGUCUGCUGGGAUAAUGGUGAUACAGAAAAGAUGAGUCCAUGGGAUAUGGAAAUCAUUCCCAAUGAUGCGGUUUUUCCAGAUGAGCUGGGGCUAAGCGUCCCUCUUACAGAGGAGGAGCAUCAGCAGCUGGUCUACAUGCCUUUAGAAGGAGAAUGGGGCCCGCGAACCAGGGACGAGGAGUGCGAGAGAAUCAUUACGGGAAUCAACCAGCUAAUCACGUUAGACAUUGCUGCACCAUUUGUAGCACCUGUGGAUCUCCAGGCAUAUCCUACAUAUUGCACUGUAGUGGCAUAUCUCACUGACCUAGGCACAAUAAAAGAGAGGCUAGAGAACAGGUUUUACAGGCGCUUGUCUUCACUGAUGUGGGAAGUUCGAUACAUAGAGCACAACGCGCAAACCUUUAAUGAGCCUGGAACUCCUAUCGUAAAAACUGCCAAAUUUGUUUCUGACCUAAUGCUGCAGUUCAUAAAAGACCACAGCUGCACGGAUAUAAUCCCACUCUACAGCAGCAUGAAGAAGAAAACAUUCUCACACUCGGAAGAGGAGGAUGAAGAUGAGGAUACAGAUGCUCCGAGUACUUCAACUAGGAAAAAGAAGGAGCACAAACCCAUAAGGAAGCUACGUAAUAAUGCCCAGGCUUAUGAUAACCAGGCGUGGAAAACUCAGUGCAAAGAGCUGCUGGAUCUGAUAUUUCAAUGUGAAGACUCUGAGCCUUUCCGGCAACCUGUUGACCUACAGGAGUAUCCGGAUUACAGGGACAUCAUUGACACCCCAAUGGACUUCAGUACGGUGCGAAAGACUCUUCAGGCUGGAAACUAUGAGUCACCGACACAGCUGUGCAAGGAUGUGAGGCUUAUAUUUAGCAAUUCCAAGGCUUACACACCAAGCAAGAAGUCAAGGAUUUACAGCAUGAGCCUGCGGCUUUCAGCUCUGUUUGAAGAACAUGUCAGUAUUAUUCUGUCUACCUAUAAGUCUGCCCAUCGAUUCCAUGCAGCAAAAAAUCUAACCAGACAGAAGAAGAAAAGGCGGAGAAGUGCCUCCCCUUCCAGCAGUGCUGCAUCAAGCCCUGAAAGAAAGCGUCGGGCAGUGAAGUCUCAGGUGAAGCCAGAGCCCUCGAUCUCCUCUCAUUCCCUGGGAGCUUCUCGCUCCCCAGCACUCCGCCAGGCUGCUGCUCAGAUGAACGGUAAAGCUGUGGAAUCUUCAGCUGUGGUUCGAACAAGAAGCACUAGGCGGUUUGAAAACCUUUCUGUCACAGAGCAUCCAGCUACAUCAUCUGGAGAAAAGUCAUCUACUUCAAAAAACAAUACUUCCCUCACUGCACACGGCAAACCAGUGACAGAUAGUCCUAACAAGCAUUUCAAGGCACAGAACACUGUAUCUUCUCCUUGCCUCUCAAGUGAUACUGAGAACACAAGGAGUUCCUCCACUGCAGAAAGUGCUGGAGAGCAAAGGAAGGUGAAACGGAAAGUGACGGCAUCAUUAAGCCAGCAGCAGGUGAAUUCCCAAGAUAGCUUGAGGGCACAGAAAAGCUUGCAGCUGAACGGACACGGUGGACAUGGUUCAAAUGACGUGGUCAGAAGAGGUCGAAAACCAAAGGCAAUGACCAUCGCAAAAGCAGCAUCUGCUGUGAUGCCAGAAACUGUUGUGAAGCCUUCUGGGAAAAAAAGGGGACGUAAAAGCAAAAAAGAAUUGGAAUCCAUGAGAGGAAAUGAGCUAGAAAAUAGAACUACAACGACAGAGGAAGAGGAAAGGGACCAGUCGACCAGUGACGAGGCAGGCACCUCUGCUGUGGCAGACACUAGCUCUGAGCAAAGUCCUAUAGUACAGAAGUCUCGCCGGGGCAGGAAACCCAAAGGAAUGAAAAAGACACCUGAAAUGCCUUCUGCACCCACCGAAGUGAGCCCAAAGAUGCAGACACGAAGCAGUGGGAGGAUUGAAAGGACUGUAGAACGGACAUGGGAAGAGGAGGAGGAGGAGGAGGAGGAGGAUGAGAAGACUGAAGAGGAGGCUGAUGAGAGGACUGAAGAGGAGGUUGAGGGGGUUCAGGAACAGAGCAAUGACAAAGGCUGUAAAUUCCCCAUGAGAACCAGAAAUCAGGGUCGAAGGACAGCUUUCUACAAUGAAGAUGACUCCGAGGAAGAGCAGAGGCAGCUGCUGUUUGAAGAUUCGUCUUUAACCUUUGGGACUUCCAGUAAGGGGCGAGUUCGGAAACUGACUGAAAAAGCAAAAGCAAAUCUAAUUGGCUGGUAAACCACAACCUAAAACUAAAGAAUAAACUAACAGAAAGACUUUGGUAACUUGCGAUAUCCAGGUAAAGCUUAAGCUAGGGCACUUGAGGACACUGCAAUUCUUGCUGCUAAUUUUUGUAUAUUCAGUGGUUAGCCUACCUACUUUGGGACCAAAAUCGGGCCCUUUGCCCAAACUUUGAUAUAGAAUAUUUUCUCCUUUUUAAUUAAUACUGUUUUGAACGUGAUAAUACUAAAUACCCAGAGUAUAAAAGUCUGUUUUAUAAUUAAAAUGUCCAACAAGACCUGUUGUUUAAAGAGGAUAGUCUGGUUUAUGGUGGCCUGACUUCAAGUAAAUAUUCAUGUAAAUUACACAUGAAAAGCUUUUCUGUUAUCUGUUUGAAAACAGUACAGCUCCAUCUUGGGUUUAAUAACAUUUACAUAGGACAAUAUACAUUUUAUAAGCAAAGGACCAAGUACCAAUGGAAUAGUCAUUCCAAAGUGUUCCCUUAACUUAUCAUGAAAUUUUAGGAGCCCAUUUAAGCUCAUGUUAAAUAAGAAUGUGUAUCCAUUUCCCAAGACACCUUUUGUGGAAUACAACAUUCUUGUGCGCUGCUGAAGGUCUGUCUUUAAAGCGGAUUUCAUACAAAGCCAAUCAUUCACCAGGGCCAUUGUCAUUUAGGUGCACUGAGUUUAAGACUUCUUAGUUUAAAAUACUUUUAAUCAUAAUAUACAGAAUCUUGUUUAUGAUGUACUCUUAAGUCCCUUUCACACUGGCACUUCUACCCAGGUCCAGACCCGGGUUCUGGCUGCUUGGGUUACAAUCCUCUGUAGUGUGAAACCACGUACCUGGGUCGUACCCUGGUUAAACCGGGUCCCAGUGACCCUGCUCAGUAUGUGGGUUGACACGAAUUGACCCGGGCUGAGUGAGACAAAAUGCUUGACAGCCGACGAACUAACAAACCGCCACACCUGCAUGAAGGUUUCACUUCCGCAAGAAACGUUUUUGUUUAUUAACAUUUGGACCAGUGGUUCAAUCCGGAGACGCUUAGAUGGAAGCGUCUGUAACAAGCUGCUUCCAGGGCAUUCAUACCCGUGUUGUUCACUUGCGCCUAUCACCCAGAUCAACCCAGCUUUAUCAAAAAAAGUGUGAAAUCAUAGCCGACCCGCAUGACGCCGGAUCCUUCCUGGGUAGGUUCCGACCUGGGUAGAGUAUGCCAGUGUGAAAGGGGCUUUUAGAUUUAUCUGUAAGCAUGGCUCUCAAACAUUAUUCAUUUUUAGUUUGCACUAUUGGUUUUUUCAGUGAAGAAUCACAGAUGACCACCAUUGCUUGGGUGUGCCACACAGGUUAUAUGUACAUACCUUGCAUGUUGCCAGAUUGAUGCAUUUCCUACGGUUCAGCUGAUGGCUGAACAGGCUUGGUGUGUGAUCAACAUUUAUAUAUAUAUAUAUAUAUAUAUAUAUAUAUAUAUAUAUAUAUAUAUAUAUAUAUAUAUAUAUAUAUAUACACACACAAGGAUGAAUCAAAGAUAUGGUGAAAAAAGGCAUGAAAAAAUAUCCCUACUUUUAAAACUUUUGCCAAGCCAAUUUAAAGACUUAAAAAUGCAUGUGAUGAAAACAUGGAUAGUACAAUGUUCAGUUACUCCAGUCUCAAGCUUUAUUCUUUUGUGAAAAAAGCCAUCUGACUUGAACAUCAUAUGUUACAACAACUGCAGUUUUAAGGCCACUGAAUACCAGGGAUGAAGGGCAUUUUAUGCCAAGCUGAAGCUCUGGACUUCUGAUAAAUCUAUGGACUAGAUCUUAUCUGUAGCAGUGUUGAGACUGCAUUCAACUUUAAAUGUAAAAGAAAAUGAACCUUGAAAUUGCACAGGCAGGCAGUGAAGUGCUGCAGCAAACAUCCUCCUUCAAGAUACUUCCACCAUGUUAUUUAGCAUCAUCUUUGGAUUGUAUGAUAACUGGCAUACAUGUAUGCACCAAGACAUUUACAACUUAUGUUGGAGGAGUUUAUGCAAAAUGUGUGGAUAUUACCGUAAAAACAAUUGCUUUGAUGCUACCUUAGUCACUGUGCAACCUUUGGUGAAUACAAGUAUUAUGAUAAGGCCCCAACUCAAUAAAAACAUUUACAAAAUUAUUAAUUUAUGGACAUAUCCACUUUGGUUUUUGGCACAUCCUUAUUGGGACAGAACUUUUUUACAAUACUUGUUGGAAGUUUGUGUACGUAGGAAAAAAGAAACUAGUGAAAAAAAAAACAAAAUUAGAGAACACAUUACAGUUUGUAUACAUAUCAUUCAGUUGAAGUUACAAUAUAUAAACAAUUUACCACUUGAAAUGUACUUAUUGUAAUAUUUUUCUGGGAAACCCCCAUUGAAGUGAAACAUCUUGUAUACAAGGGUGUUGUAACACUAGCCAUGGAAUUAUGUAAAUAUUACACUUGUAUAAAAUAUUAGAAACCUUAACAUUCACCCACCAAUCAGGAAGCUUCUUUGCUGGUUCUACCACACAAUAGGUGGCUGCAAAACAUUCAGAUUGAAUGUCUAGCUUUAAAAAAGUGAAAAGGGAGUAAAGCAAAAAAAUAAAUAAAAUUAAAAAAAAAAAUUUUUUUUCUGUUUGAACUCUUUUUAAAAAAAUUACAGAAUUACUAAGAUUUUGCUCCCAUGCUAAGUGAAAUAGAAAAACAGUUAAAUAUUUAGUAACUUUAAACUAAUGAUUUGUGUGUGUAAGAGCCUGUACAAUAACAAAUGUAUUAUUUUCUUGUUCUGAGACAUUCAUAGUUGUGUUCCCCUAUUUUCUAUUUGUCUAGUAUUUUAUUUUUGCAGUUACAACAAUUAAAAGAACUUAGGUCAUCUAAUGGUAAAAAAAUAAAUAAAAUAAAAUAAAAAAUUCUGUGUCUUCUCAGCCAAAGAAAACAGCAUAGAAAUAAAGGACAAAGGAUAACAGGAUUAUCAUUACUGAAAGAAGCUUCUUCAAUAAAUCCUUUUUAGUACGCAUACAAAAUUCUCUAGAUUUGUUUUACACAGCAAGUCAAGAUGUAGAGAAGUACUGGAAGAUGUCAAAACUGAUGGUGUCUGAAACAUAGAAAAGGCCUGUUGGUGCAGCUAUAUCCAGCUGUGCAAGAGCAGAAGAUGACUGGGAACCAUGGAACUUCUGCUGCAUGCCAUUGUUGUCAUUGGAACUUUCCUUCAUGGAGUGCAGAAUGUUGGCCACAUGAUGGCAUGCAAAUCAAUUGAAAUGAUGUCACUCAAGUACAAAACACCCUCAGCAAAAAGUAAGGCAAUGGAGGCUUUGAAAUGGGACUGUCAUGGAUGGAAAAUCAGGAGAUUUAAAUAGGACUGUUAUGUGCCGAGACUCAUUGUCUCACCGCAUGAAAAGACCAUUUCACACUGUUGGUUAACCAUGAAAAUAAGCCUCAGACAUGAUGUAGCCAGGAUUUCCUACUUUUGUAUCCUUAGCUGGCCAUGAAAUGUGUUUCAUAGCCUUUUGAAUCCUGGAGGCAAAGGGGAAGCAUAUUUUAAUGUAUUCUAUAAACUGUGAUUCAUUCAACCUCACUUGUAACCUGUGUAGAUACCCAAGUGAUUACAAAGGGGAGGAUAGAUUACUAGAUAAGGCCCUUGGUACUAGCAUGACGGAAGUGGGCAAGAGGGUAUAACUUUUCAAUGUCCGAGAUAGCUAAAAGUGUACAUUAGAAUAAAUGUUUUUUUUUUUUUUUUUUUUUAUAUGUAUAUUUGGGGUGUUUUCAAAUGUUUACCCUGUUCACUGAACAUAAAAUUGGAUUUGCUGUGUAGUCACACACUCCCUUUCUUUAUCACUAAAACUUGACAUAUUUUGCCAAAGACUGCGAUUCAGAGCAGUGGCCCUCAAGUGCAUUUAUGUGCGUGGAAAUCAGUCACUUAUAAAAAGUGCACACUAUCCACAACACCCAUCUGUGAUGAAUGUCUUAAUGGCAAAGCUGAACACAUUGCACUCACUUUGUUGUAGUGUAUAUACCCUGUAAAGAACUGAAAAGAAGCUGUGCACUAUUUUAAGAGAUUUUAUUUAGCAUUUUUAUUAAGAAACUAAUUUGAAGUAAAAGUAAAAUGGGUGUGAAGUUUGAUUGACCAUGCAUAGCAAGUGGAUUUUGUCAUUUGUGGUCACAUUUAUACAUAAGUUACACUGUAUUCAAAAUAUUUCUGUAAAAUGGUACAAAAUUAAGAGUUGCAAUGUUCUG